CAGAAACAUGGCGGCCAUAUCUUCCAAAUACCCGUUUGGGUCUGCUCAAGAACACAUCCCAACGUGUGAGAAACACGAUUUAAUGAUAGACAUGACAUGUGAGGACUGCGAUGAGUUUAUUUGUUCACAAUGUGCCAAAAUAAACCACAAGAAUCACAACUGGAAAACUAUAUCCACAGCAGGAAUUCAAAGAAGAAAAGACCUUAAGAAGACUCUGAGUAAGGUUAAGGAGAAAGAUUUAAAAGACAUGGAUGAUAAAAUAAAGAAGUCAGGCAAGCUAAUGGAAGACAACCGGAAAUUGUGUGAUUCUGAGGUCUUUAAGCUUCAGAAACAUUAUGAUGAGAUUGUGUCAAAACUUGACGAAAUCAAGAAAAAUAUUGAGACUAAAUUGAGGGAAAAUCUGGAAAGAAAAAAUGCGGAAGUAAGAGAAAAAAAACUAGACUUAGAAAAGAAAACGAAACAGGCAAUAGAUUUAGUUAAAUUCCUUGAAGAAAAGCACAGUACAAUAUCUGACUAUAGUUUGAUAGACAACCUCAGAGACCUGAUCAACUUCGUGGCUAACGCUGACAAUGAUAUUGAGAAGAGGGGUCAUUCGGUGAGAUACAGAAAGGGGGACAUCAGUGUGGGGUUACUGGAAUCUAUGAUGGGACAAACUUUUGACUUGAAUGACGUAACUGUUUCUGAGACAGAUUCAUUCCAAUAUGGAGAUAAAAGUAUAGCUUUUAUGGAGGCAAUAAAAGAAGAUAUAUGUUUUAUCGGAGCCCUUCGAUCAGAUUACAUUAAACAAGUUAAUAAAAAGAACAAAACGGGAAAGAAAUUAAAUAAAUCAAAUGUAAAUGAUGUAUGUAUAACGAGGAAUGGUGAUCUGUAUGUCACUGAUUCUGUGAACGAAUCCAUUGUCCGGCUUUCACCGUCAGGCGCAGUCUCUUCAGAAUUCAGUACAGCUCCAUUAAAACCAUUGGGAAUCUGUCAGUCCACAGGAGGAGGACUGCUGGUCGUAUUGAUGGAUGUUGAGUCAGAAAAAUUUAAACCAGACUUCAACAGCAGACGUCUGGUCAGACACGUGACACUGACCGGUGACGUCAUCUGUGAGUACGAAUACCUGCAGGAGUACGGUCAACCCCGCCUGUUUACUAAUCCAUGGAGAGUCAGACAGAACGGUAACACUGAUAUCUGUGUGGUGAACAAGACAAGCAAAGAUGCCGGUGAACUGGUGAUUCUGUCUGUAUCUGGAUCUUUGAGAUGCAGAUACAAUGGACAGAAACUGGUGGAGGAAUUUAAGCCAACUGAUGUAGUGUGCGACUCUCAUUGCAACAUUAUUGUUAAUGACAUAGUUAACAGCAAGAUACAUCUCCUGAGUCCUGAUGGAGAGUUUAUGAAGUACCUACUGACUGAGAAUGAACUAACACGGCCUUGGUCAAUGUCUCUGUAUAAAUCCAAUUUAUGGAUUGGGAACUUUCAUGGACUUGUGAAAGUGUUUCAAUUCAAGGAAACUUUAAAAAAAUAGCAAUGAAUAUGAACUUAUAAUAAUUUUUAUCCAUCAAUUGUAUGACUCAGAAUCGAAUAAACUUAUAAACU